UCAAAAAUCCACGUUUCCCAUUCGUACUUCUGAACCCCUUACAAGCACCCCAGCCUCCGGCCCAGUCUCCUUGUCACACUCCGUCGACACCUGAGACGCCAAACAUCGCGAGAGUUGGUUGCCUUGGCUGCAGCACACAGUGACGCUGAGGGAUGUUUAAGGUUUAGCGGCAGAAAAUAACAGAUUUUCACCCUGCCGACCAGCCAAGGGGAGGAUGCAUACUGCAAGAAUCACCUGGAAAAACCUGCAUGAUUGUCAGCGAGAUAUACACAUUACAGCUGCUCAGGACCGGAUCACAGAUGUCUGCCAGACAGGCGAUAUAUACAGUGUUGUGAAGAUUCACACUUGUUUACCAGCAGGACGAGACUCUUGCCGUCAAUCUGCACACUGUUGCUUCUGUUUAAGGGUGUAGCACAGAGCUGCAGUGAAGAUCACCACACCUCCCACAACCCAGAAUACUGAGUAUAGCGGUGUGAAAUUCCACAACCAAAUCCCAGAGAGCAGUUAACAAGGCCAAGGCUUUUUCUGUCUGAUGCAAGACGACAACAAGAAGCCAACGCCCCGGAUAAACACUUUUCCAGAGCAGAUAUAUUUUCUAAUUUCAAAAAUUGUGGCCAUUGGCAGACCUAAAUUUUUUGGAAAUAUUUAACUUGCUUCUUAAAUCUUUUGAAUACUUCCCCUCAACUUUGGAAAGAUGAACUUGGGAUUGUUGAGCGGAGGGACGAUUUAGAGUUCAGGCGAUACAGAUUUCCCCACCAUGUCAUGGAAAAGAAACUACUUUGCAUCUGGCAGCAGCGGCUUACAGGGAAUAUUCACCCCACGAACCAUGACAUCAAUCGCCCCCAGCAAAGGACUCAUCAAUGAGCCGGGACAGAACAGCUGCUUCCUGAACAGCGCUCUCCAGGUUCUCUGGCAUCUGGAUAUCUUCCGGCGAAGUUUCCGGCAGCUCACCACACACAAGUGCAUGGAGGACUCGUGCAUCUUCUGUGCUCUUAAGAGCAUAUUUGCGCAGUUCCAGUUUAGCAGCGAGAAGGUGCUGCCGUCUGAUGCUCUCCGCUGCGCUCUGGCCAAAACCUUCCAGGAUGAGCAGCGAUUCCAGCUCGGCAUUAUGGACGACGCAGCUGAGUGCUUUGAGAAUAUCCUCAUGAGGAUCCACUUUCACAUCUCUGAUGAGACCAAGGAGGACAUCUGCACAGCCAAACACUGCAUCCCUCAUCAGAAGUUUGCCAUGACACUCUUUGAGCAGUGUGUGUGCAGCAAAUGUGGAGCCUCUUCAGACCCCUUGCCGUUCAUUCAGAUGGUCCACUACAUCUCCACCACCUCUCUGUGUAACCAGGCAGUGCGGAUGCUGGAAUGCCGAGAGAAGCCCACCCCAGACAUGUUUGGAGAGCUGCUGAGGAACGCCAGCACUGUGGGAGACCUGCGCAACUGCCCGGGCAACUGUGGAGAAAAACUGCGUAUUCGACGUGUCCUGAUGAACUCCCCAGAGAUCAUCACCAUAGGCCUGGUGUGGGACUCAGACCACUCUGACCUGGCAGAAGACGUCAUUCAUAGCCUAGGCACUGUCCUGCGUCUCGGAGAUCUGUUCUACCGAGUGACAGAGGACAAGGCCAAACAGGCGGAGCUCUACCUUGUGGGUGUGGUCUGUUACUAUGGCAAACACUACUCUACUUUCUUCUUCCAAACCAAAAUCCGCAAGUGGAUUUACUUCGAUGACGCUCAUGUGAAAGAGAUUGGGCCCAAGUGGAAGGAUGUGGUGUCCCGCUGUAUAAAGGGGCAUUACCAACCGCUGUUGCUGCUCUAUGCUGACCCCCGGGGGACGCCAGUGUCAGCUCAGGAUUUGGCUUCUCGCCUAGACCUACAUCACUAUACUAAAGCAUACUACGACAGUGAGGAUUCAGGCCGUGAACCGUCAAUUUCCAGCGACACGCGGACCGACUCCUCUACAGACAGCUACAGCUAUAAACAUUCACACUCCCACCACGAGUCUAUGGCUUCCCACUUCUCCUCUGACUCCCAGGGAACUGUCAUCUGUAAUCCAGACAACGACUCUGCCUCCCACAGCAGCCUGGAAACCACAGGUCCUGACAGCGAUCUGGUGCAACGCCACAGUCUUAGAAAAGACGGGGUCUCAGACAGAAAAGUAGGAGUUUUGGACCGGAAACGAAGUGCUAGCAGACCACGAAAAUUUGAGGCCCGGGGUGAUUCGAGAAGUCGUUGCUCUAAAACAGAUGAGGUGUUGUCUGCCGGCUACCACAGCGAAGGCGAGACUUUAAAAGAGCAGCAGGUUCCUCGUUCCCUACCUAAACCUAGCUCCAGUCGACUUCGAGACUUUAAGGAAACUAUGAGCAACAUUAUCCAUAACAGACCACUUUCUGCAUCGUCCUCGGGCUCCGUUGGCCCACCUGAUUCCAUAACUAAGGCCCGAGACUGGGAAGCUGACAGCACCAGCAGCGAGUCCAAGUCCAGCUCCUCUGGAGGGCGAUACCGUCCGCCCUGGAAGCCUCGCCGUGAGGCCCUCAACAUCGACAGCAUCUUUAGCAGGGAACGCCGCAAGCAGGCCGGGUAUAGUCCGCUAGGAGCUCUCUUGUCUGAAGACACAGGGCCUCAGGGGGACUUGGCGGCGUCAACAGAACAGACCACCUUUCGAAGCCUACCGGGACCCCUGAGACGAGGAUCAGAGCAGCCCCCACGGCUUAUCCAGAGGAUGGAGAGCGGCUAUGAGAGCAGUGAGAGGAACAGUAACAGCCCCGUCAGCCUGGACAUGCCUGUUAGUGAGGGCACCAGUAAUGGCACACACAGCUUACAAGAAGGAGGAAUAAAAAAGCCUCCACCUGAUGUCAGCCCAUCUUGGAAGUCUGUCACCAAAUCCAAGAGCAGCAGUGCCCUACUGCAGGAUGUCAAAGCAUCAGUCAAGGGCAGCAGUCACAUGAGUUUAGCAGGUGAAGGCCGCAGUGAACUGGAUGAGCUACAGGAGGAAGUCGCUCGCCGGGCCAAAGAGCAAGAGUUACAGAGGCGAAAGGAAAAGGAGAAAGAGGCGGCCAUGGGCUUCAAUCCCAGACCCAGCAAGUUCAUGGAUCUGGAUGAGCUCCAGAGCCAAGGGAAAGGGGAAGGCUUUGAAAGGUGUGUGUUGGAGGCAGAGUCUCUGUUAGACCAGUCUCUGAGGUUGGAACAGGCAGGAGAGGUGGCCACCGCUCUGUCUGUGGUUAACGAAGCAAUGUCUAAACUCAGGCAUACCUUGCAUGAGAGCAGCGCUAACGCUCAGGGCAGGAUGCAAAAGUGCAUGAGGAGAGCACGAGGUCUGCAGCAGCGCAUGCAGCAGCAGGAACUGCAGCAGAAGCAACAGGAGGAAGAGAAGGAACAGAAACAGCCCCUCAGUGAACAGUCUGUCCCGGUCCAAAUACUUCUGACAAAAGUUAACGAAGAGAAUGAGAAGGCAGUUUCAGAAGACGCAUUAAGACCACCAUCACCUCUCCACAUGAAACCUCAGUCUACAAAUAAACCGAUUUCUGAAGCCCCUGGCCCUCCUUUCUCCUCUUACCAUACAGACACACUUUCCCUAAAGCAGAACAAUGAAAGGGACAACUCCAGUCCUCUUGUUGUGACCGAGAAUGGGUCACACUCACACACGAGGGGCCCCAGAGACCCUGUAACCACCACAAACUCUCUUGUACAAACUGCUAGUAUACGCAGUUCUGCCACUGUGCCUGUGAUUGCAGUGAAUGGCUGCGAGGCUCCUCUCAAGUCGCCAGUUCCGCUCAAUACGCCCUCUAGUCCAUCUCAUUUCAGUGCCCGUCAAACACCUUCCAUCUCUGAUCACUCCAACUCUGGGGAAGGACUGCAAAACCCGCCUCGUCCUAAUUCUCUCCAUGGCCUAGCCCACGCACCCCACAGCCACACUUCUGAUGCCUGUCAAAGAGCACUCCCGGCACCCUCACGUAAUUGGUCCUGCCGCAGUCUGGAACGUCCUGAUGGCCGUCCUGCCGUGAUGGAGUCCUCCCCGUACUCUCCAGCAGACCUCCGCUCCCCCUCGUCCCCCUGUCCUCCAUCCCUGUCUUCACCAGCUCUGGAUCAGCGUCCAGCCGGCCCUAUGCCCGUGGAGCGAUGGGCAGAGAAUGUCAAUCGAUACUACAACUCCCAGAACUGUGCACGGUCGGGACGUGACUCACCCUGUGAGGAGCUGUCAGAGCUGGACUCACUUUAUCAGGCCAGCUUGAAGGCUCCCAGCAUGCCCCGAGCCCCACGGGGAACCAGCCCACAGCUUGCCAACAGAUCAGGUCCCGCUGCUUCUCGAAAGCACAGCGCUGGAUUCUCUGCCACACUUGGCCGUUCCAAAACCCCCACGGCAGAGAUCGAGAGGAGUGCCUACAGGACGCCAGCGUACAGCACUAAACCACUUCAGAGGCCUGUGUCUGCUACGGCCUAUGAUGCACCGCUGGGUGAGGAUGAAUCAUACAGUGCUGAGAACCUGCGACGAAUUGCUCGGAGUCUCAGUGGGACCGUCAUUGGAGGACGGACUGACGUACCCCCAUCUCGCAGCUUUGACCCCCAUGUCUCCAGGAUGUCCAAGCAUAUGACCAUGCAACUCCCCACACGUCGCUCCAGCACCUCCCUGCAUGUUUUACCCUCUCCUUCCCACAAUCCUCCUAUGUUCCCUCACGAAACACAGUCCCAAUACCUUAACCCAAGCCACCGCCACCACCCCGCCCCUCCAUCACACCUGCACCAGCAGACACUGAGGCCCUCUCAUGGACAAACAGGAGAUUGCCAAAAGGCCAACAAGUUUCUGGCUGUGCUUGACAGGGGUGAAACGUUCUCCCGUGAAAACUACCACAAUGUCGCACUGAGCUACGGCACCCUUCCGCGGGCCCCCCGUAGGUCAGUUUCAUCUGGGCCCCCUCCUGUGCACCAAGCGAGGCCGGGACCACCAGCGCCCCGCAACUACCCAGACACAGGCUACGCCACACUAUCCCACCCUCACCGCACUACAGCAUCAAAUAGGACGAUGGAUGGUUUUUACAGACAGCCCCACCAACAAUCUGCUUCAAUCCCGCAUCAUUCCAGCCAUCAUCACCCCCACCUAGAGCCGCCUAUCCAACCCAUGCGCCUCGAUGUGCCCCCCGAGAGGGACUGGAGGGCUGCUAGGGACCCUCAUGUCUUCCCCAGGACAGAACCUCGUGCUGGGACAUCCCGUGGCCCUCCUGUUUAUAUCUGCGGGUUGUGCAAGCAGAACCCAGCUGAGCCCACUAGAAGCUACUGCCAGACCUGCAGAGCCCAUAUGAACCACUACAGGAUGACCAGCUGAGUCAUGCAGGAAAUGCAUCCUUCAACGCACUCAUUCUCUGACUUGGAAGUAAAUGUGAGAGCCCGUGCCAAUUCUGUGAAGCUUAUCACACAGCGAAAAGCAGGAAGGUCUUAUUGGCUGAAGUGAAAGACAAUGAUGUUUGGCUCGUUUGUGAAUCUGGAGUGGUCAUAUUCUGAAAUGUCCACUCCCUGCGCUUUUACCUACAGUAAACGUUUCCACUGCUAAUUCAGUUCAGUUCACUUUAAUUGGCCACCAUCUCAGCACAAAGCUGUGAAGAACAGAGCACUUUGCUGCGUGGGACGCUGCAUCUUAUCGAUGCAAACACAAGCCGCCAAGACUGACAAACUUUGCCUGCUGAUAUACAGUAUCUGCUCCGUAUAUGCACAAAUACGCUUUAGUUUCCAAUUAGCAUUCCAAGCUAACCUUACUUAGUUCUGUGAUUGUAAUUUAACUAUGUUAACUCAAGUUUAGUGCACUUCAGAAGUGUUAAGUUAGAAGCGUUCCUCUGUUGUAACUUCUCCCAUUUUUAUGGGAAACGAUGUUUAUGUGUAACUACUUCAUUUAGAGGGCUGUAACGUCAGUGUGUGCAAGUAAUCAGAGGUACAUCAGAUUCCUCUAGUGUACCAACAGUCAACUUUCAACAACCUCAUUGGCAUUUGUGUCGAUAUUUUUGUGUACAGUAUUGCUCUGCCUGAUAGUAGCACCGACACCUGUUUUGUGGUCUUUUCUUUUUUUCUUUUUUCUUUUUUUAAUAUUUUGUAGUAGCCGCAGUUUAACUUUUUGGUUUAUACAGUAUAUCUUACAUUAACUGUUAAGUGCUAAAUUUUUCAGGCUGUUUUAAGAGAUCGAAAACAGAAGGACAGAACUUUCUGCAGUGCCUUGGUUUGUGAAAGGCAACGUAACUGGGUGCCAGUGUCCAUUUUAUAGAUUUUCAGUCAAUAAUGAUGCUUAUUAUAAUAAUGCUAAAUUUUAGAAUUGCAGAAUUGCAAGAUCAUUUCAGUUUUUUCCCCCACUGGAGAAUGAAUGCUUUUUAUAUUCAUUUUAUUUAAAUUCUUGAACGCUGUUGACGAGGAACUUGUAUCUUGAGAUGGUUAAUUAGUUUAAGUCUUAAACAUUAAAAGUGUUGAGAGUGUCUGUCAGCUAUUAGCUGAGUUUGACAGUGCAAUGUGCCAUUUCAUGGAAAUGAAAGUGUUACCUGCUCAUCCUAGUGAACGCAAGAGUAGUUUAUAUUGAAACAGGGCCAAACUUUUUUUAUUUUUCAUACAUUUUAGAGCAUGUCAAAUACCUCAACCAAUCACAUGCUCUUAUUUUAUUUCACCAGAACAGUUUUGCAUGUAUUAUGGUUUCAUAAAUCAGGACCUAAUGGUGAAUCGGAGUGCCUCUGCGUUGAAUUCCCACUGAGUGAAUUAUCUGAAGCUAUUUUUUUGUUUGGCCAAUAUGCAGUGUAACACUGCCCUGGCGUAAUUACUGACAGAACAGGGAUCUGUGACUGAUUUA